AUGUCUCAACCUUCGGCGAAUCCACGUGCUGGCCAGUCCGAAAUCCAUGAUCCUGACAACGGUCAAGUGAGAAAGAACAAUCCAGACACAACAGACAGCCAUGCUGCCAAGAUCAAAGAUGAACCCCCGCUCACCGGACGUCAACGAAUCGAUUCUUGGCGCACGAAGAUCGAGGGGCCGAGUGACUACCAUGAGAUGGCCGAGGAUGACGCCCGUGAGGACAAUGGCCUUUUCGAAGACUGGAAAUUGACGCCAUUGCAUGAGCUAGUAGAGCGGACAGGUGAUGAAGAUGAUGGUUCGCACGAGCUCGAAAGGCAGUUAGGUGAAUGGAAGGAUAUCCUCGAUGUCCGCUCCCCAGAAGAUCAGGAGACGGCGCUCCACAUGGCUAUUCGGAAAGGCUUCAACAAGAUGGCACGUCAACUCCUCGCAGCUGGGGCCAAAUUCAAUAUCGAGAAUGGCAGCAGGGAGUUACCAUUGCACUUGGCCUGUGACUACGGAGACCAACAACUGGUGGAGAUGUUGCUAGGAAAGGGCGCCGAUCCCGAGCGUAUGGACGCCUUUGGGUUCUACCCUCUUCACUCAGCCGUCGUGCGUGGCUUUGAAGCCAGAGUGGUGCGUGAUCUGCUUGGUCCUGGAGGAUCUGUCAUCAACAAGACCGCCGGUGGCGCACACUGGACUCCACUCAACAAGGCUAUCUACUAUAAAUGUGAGGAUGUGGUUGAUACCCUUUUGGAAGGAGGAGCAAGUGUCCGGAUCAAGGACUCGGAUGGAUGGACACCCCUAAUGACGGCAAUCAAAGAAGGUCUAUACGACACAUUUUACAAGUUGCUAAAUCAUCUGCAAGAGCGUCCGACCAAACGGGAUAUUGUCAUUAUACCAGACAAUGAUGGCAUGACGCCCCUGAUGCAACUAAGUGCUAAAGAACCCGGAACUCUAGUCAAACGCGCCAUUGAGGCUCUUCUUCAGAUGAAACCAGAUGUCAAUGUUACAGACAAGGAGGGGAAAACUGCGCUACACCAUGCAACAUUCUCCUCGGGUUUAGGGGUCUCGAUGGAGACAGAGCCCUAUACAGAUGUGGCACUGAUAUUAGUCAAUUCGCUGUCCGCCAAAAGACUCUUGCACCCAGACAAGAAUGGAGAGACUGCAUUCGACGUUGCAUUCGACAAGGAUAAGAAGAGCCUGGAAGUCCUGUAUGAUGACGACUCGAUGAAACACAUGCAAGACAUUGUCGAAAGGCUCAAGCAAUUCGAGUAUACGCCCAAGGUCUCUUCAGAACAAGCAUCGACAACCUCCGAAGAUUUCCAGGAAAACACCAAAACCAAGGCCCAGUUCACUUGGAUUCAUUUGCCGUCAACCAACAUGGUUUGGAUGGAGGACACAGCAAAGAAGAUACUAAAAGGAGAAGGGUGUUGCAAGAGCGAAGCCGAAAAGGCGGCCUCCUUUUUGCGCAGCAGCUGGAUCGAAAUCCCAGACAGAACGUCCACUUCGCGCUUCAUGAGGCCCCGGUAUGUUGUCAAGAAGGCAGACAGUGCGACUAAACGCCAUGCAGAAGACGAGAGUGAGUUGAAAGAUGCCAGCGAGCGAGUGUCCGGGCGAACAGGCAUCCGCUCCCGGCACAACGAGCAACGAGAAAAUCCCAGUACCGGUGAAGACGGUGAAGAUAGCCCAAAUGAAGGUCAAAGCAACUCUUCCGAGGAAACUGCUAAUACUCGAGGGCGAGAACUGGAAGAAGAGUCAAGCAGCCAUUCCCUUGUCAGCAGGGCUGUGCAGGCGGUCGAUACGGAUUGUGACGGCGCACAGAAAGGCAAAUCCUUUGCCGUUUCGGCCAUUUAUGUCAUCGAGAUGCCCUAUCUGUACUUUUCAACAUACCACCAGAGCGAGAGUGGCGAACCGAUGACGGACGAGCAGAGGGCGAGCACGAAAACCCCUUUAGACCUCGAGAAAAAGGUCCAAGAUGAGAUAGAGAUGCGUGAAGCACUCUUUGAGGCGUACCAAAAAUCGGUGAUUCACCAGCCCACAACCCUUGACGAGUUCUACUAUCAAUUUGCAUCGGACAAGGACUCUGUCGGGGACCGGAACUCGCGCAACAAGGACCAGGUCGUCACGAAGUAUCUACAGGGCCUAGACAUCAAGAAGCAAAGAUUCUGGCCUUUGUUGCGAGUUAGCCAACUCUGGAUCUGGACUAUCGACGACAAGUGGUUAAUUACUUCGACCUCUUGCGCAACGAACGAUAUUCGAGACAAUCUCGUGACAGACAUUUUGGGGCAUCUUCAGAGGCAAGUCGAGAAUGGAAGCCGUCAACUCGGACCAACGUCUGCCGCUGAAAUGAGCCAGGUAAUUGUCGAUUAUUGCAUUGGUACCUACGACAGGAAACGAAGGCGGCAAGACGUGAAUCGCCAGCAUCAGGUGGACAUGGACAGGGUAGAUCAGAGCACUACUGAGGACGGGAAACACAAAGAAGAGCGUUCGAUCCACCAAAUCUUCUCAGACUCCAUCAAUGAGAUCGGGAGAAAAGAGUCGAGCUUGUUCAGUUCGUCAUACCACCGCCGCAACGACGCAAGAGAAUUGAAAACCGGCCUCGAUGCUGAUCGCACAUUCAAGAUGUUGAAGGCUCUCCGGGCUGCGCUCACGACGGUUUCAGAACAACUAUGUCACAUCAAAGAUAUUCGCGACGAACUCAACAUUUUGAUGUCGAUUGCAAGAUUCCAACGCAAGGUCCAGGUCAAGACUACACUCACGCUCCAGGAGAGUGACAUUGCCGGCUUCCAAGCAGAGAUCGCCAAUUGGCAGGCAAGCGAGUCCGUGAAGCAGGGCAAGGAGUCUUUCAAGCAAGGGAAAAUAGUUUUGAUAUUUACCCUUGUCACCGUCUGCUCCCUCUCAUUUCUCACCUCUCUCUUUGCGUUGGAUGUCGAGACCUUCAUGAAAGCCCCUGCUUGGGCUUUCUAUAUCAUUUUUCUCGUCCCUUUGAUAUUUCUGGGAUCCGCCGCUGGCUACGUUUGGAAGGCGGAGAUCAGGGGUUAUUUAGUAUAUCUCGGGAUACUAGCGAAGGAUACGGGCGAAAAGGCCGAGGCCGAGGAGGGAACAUCGACCGCUCGAUCUAUACCUAGUAAACGAAGGCUGAGGAGACGAAAAGGAUUUGCCGUGGAGCAUGGAUAG